AUGUGGAGCGCAGUGAAGGGUCCUACAAGACUGUGGGACCUUAGCCUCAUCUUUCUAAUCCUGCAAUGUACAAUAAGACUAGUGUUAGCCGGAAAUGAAAUAUGGCCCCUGGAGCGACCGGACGGGAUGCCCAACAUUGUGUCGCUGGAGGUGAUGUGCGGCAAGGAUCACAUGGAUGUCCACCUGUCCUUCUCGCAGCCCUUCGAGGGCAUCGUGAGCUCCAAAGGGCAGCACAGCGACCCGCGAUGCGUCUACGUUCCUCCUUCCACCGGCAAGACAUUCUUCUCCUUCCGGAUAGCCUACGCUCGGUGUGGCACGAAGCCUGAUCUCAAUGGGCAGUUCUACGAGAACACAGUUGUGGUCCAGUACGACAAGGACCUCUUGGAGGUGUGGGACGAGGCGAAGAGGCUCCGGUGCGAGUGGUUCAACGACUACGAGAAGACCGCCUCGAAGCCGCCAAUGGUGAUCGCGGACCUGGACGUGAUCCAGCUGGACUUCCGCGGUGACAACGUGGACUGCUGGAUGGAGAUUCAGCAGGGCAAAGGACCCUGGGCGUCGCCCGUGAGCGGAAUCGUCCCGCUCGGCUCCACCCUGACACUCGUCGUGGCUAUCAAUGACUACCGAGGUGAAUUCGAUAUGCGAGUCAAAUCUUGCCUGGCGUCCGACGGAGCGGGUCACAUUAUCAAGCUAUCGGAUGAGUACGGAUGCGUUCUCAGGCCCAAGAUGAUUUCGCGGUUCCUCAAAGCCAGGGCGCCGGACGAGAGAGCCACGGUCAUCACGUACGCCUUCUUCCACGCCUUCAAGUUCCCCGACGCUCUCAGUGUUCACAUCAAGUGCAAGGUGGAGAUCUGCCGACACGGAUGUCUGGACCAUUGCCAGGUGACUGGCAAUAUUCACGAGAGAAAAGACGUGAUCGCCGAGGAUGGACACAGCGCGGCCAACACGAAUGAGAUCAACAUGAUGCACGAGAUGCCAGACGACGAGGACUCUGGCGGAGACAAUGACGUUUACUACGACGACAUCAUUCACCACGGAAGCGAUGCCCAGCACGCGGCACACCUGAAGCAGCAUCCGCCGCGGGAGAAGGCGCCGCCGCUGCACCACCAACACAGCGGAGAGCUGGAGGAGCUGAACAAGCUCUUCCGCGAUCACAAGGCAGACAUGAAGAAGCGCGGGCCCAACGUGAGCGGCGUGAAGGAGGGCGACGACAAGUUCCCGCACGGCCCGCGGUAUUUCGAAGCCACAGUGGCGCAGAAUCGCAUGGGCAAGCCCGCCGUGGCGGGCCCGAGAUCCCUCGAGGGCAGCCAGGAGCGGCCGGUGAGGCAUCCCGGCGAGUCGGGCAGCUAUCGGACGCCCAGGCGGAAGCGCUCCGUGGUGGUGUCGGACCGCAAGGCGAGGAGCGCCGAUGUGGGCGUGAGCGGGAUCUACGAUGUGAUCUCGGAGGCGGAUCUGGCCUUCAGUCCGGACGCCAGGCAAGAGGCCGUUACCGUGUUCCAGGGGAAGAUCACCGAGGAGGUGGUGUAUGGCAUCUGCAUGCCCGUGCCGGGCUUCAGUGUCCUCUUCAUCCUCGUCACGUCCGCGGCGAUAGUGUCCGCCCUGGUGGCGGGCUCCCUGCUCUACCGAUAUCAACUGCAGCGUGAGGCCCUGGCGCAGCAAAAGCAGAACGGCGCGAGCAUCCCUCUGGCCACCAACACCUUCGCCUCCUGGAUGACGCUGCGACUGGCCCGAAUGCGACAACAUCACACGAGGCAAUCCGUGGCGCAGUGAAUUUCCGCCUCCAGCACACGUUCUCUCUUUCGCCGAC